AUGUUUGUGGAGUUCUGUCAUCAGACGUGGGUCUUGGCACUCCUGCUACUCUGCUGUUUGCACUUAUCAGUGUCCAAUUUCCUCUGGCCAUGUCCUCAAAAGUGUAUUUGUAGGCAGGACACACUAGAGGUCAACUGUUCUUCAAAACACUUAACAGCUGUUCCAGAAGCAUUGCACAUCAGUGCCAGGCGGCUGAACCUUUCUGGCAACCGCUUGAAGACAUUGAGUCGGCGACAGUUCUAUGGAUUAACCCAACUAGAGGAGCUGGACCUUAGUGAGAACAUUAUAUCUAUGAUUGAAGUGGAAGCAUUUCAGGGUCUGAAAAACCUACGAAUUUUAAAAAUAAAAAACAACCGGCUUAAGAUCAUACCAGUUGGUGUCUUCUCUGGUUUGCCAAACCUUAUCAACCUGGACAUUAGCAAGAAUGAGAUACUUGUGUUUCUAGACUACACAUUUCAGGAGAUGGUAAACCUACGGGAAAUGAAUGCAGGGGAAAAUGACCUGGUGUUUAUCUCACAGAGGGCCUUUGUUGGUCUACAGAGCUUACAGGAGCUGAAUGUGGACCGCAGUAACCUUACCUUUAUCCCUACUGAAGCAUUUUCACAGCUCCAAAGCCUGACCAAACUUUACCUACGGAGACUCAACAUUAAUGUAUUGCCCAACAAUGCCUUUCGUCGGCUGCACCAGCUGCAUACACUGCAGAUACUUCAGUGGCCCUCACUAGAGACUUUAAACAGUAACAGCCUUAUGAGUCUAAACCUCACUACCUUGGUUAUUAGUAACUGCAAUCUGAGUGCCAUACCAUAUGCCUCAUUGCGCUAUUUAACACAUCUGAUCUAUUUAGAUCUGUCCUACAACCCAAUUACAUCUAUAGAGGGAAAUAUGCUAGGGGAAUUGCUCAGACUUCAGGAAUUUCACUUGGUAGGUGGAAAACUGCUCCGCAUUGAGCCAGGUGCCUUUAGGUGUCUUGUUCACUUUCAACUGCUCAAUGUAUCCUCAAACCGACUUACAACCCUGGAAGAGAGUGCCUUCCACACAAUUGGGAACUUACAGACCCUGCGGCUAGACAGGAACCCCCUAACUUGUGACUGUCGGUUACUGUGGGUGGUCCGACACCGUUUGAGGUUUAACUUUGAUGGUCGGCAGCCUACAUGUUCUACACCCGAACGUGGUCGCAAGCAAGAGUUUCGUGACUUUUCAGAGGCAGAGCUCCCGAAAGUGUUCAUCUGCACACAAGCAUAUAUCCUGGAACGUAAGCUGCAAGAAGCAAAAAUUGAUGAGGGAACAAAUGUGCAGUUUGAAUGCAAAGUAGAUGGGUAUCCCCCACCUUCUAUAACUUGGUUAUCACCCCAGCAGACUCCAUUCAGCUCUAUGGGGAGAAUACGAGUGCAUACAAAUGGAACUCUGGAAGUGCGUUAUGCACAAGUGCAGGACACUGGAACUUACCAAUGUAUUGCAGCUAAUGUUGCAGGGAAUGAUAGUAUCUCUGCCAGACUUCAUGUGAGGAACUCCCCUCGAAAUUAUACAACUCCCAAUUUCUUUGAUGAGAGUUGGGUUGAAACCUCAUUGCCUCCUUCCACCAACUCUUCAGCACAAGUGUCAAGCCCUUACCCCUUUGAUGCCAAAACCCUUGUCAUUGCUACUACUAUGGGGUUCCUUUCCUUUCUCAGCUCUGUAAUAAUCUGUUUUGUGUUCAUGUUCCUCUGGAGCCAAAGUCAGGGCCAGAUUAAGCACACAGCCACCAUUGACUUUGUGCCACGUACAUCUGUGGGAGGAGGUGGAGAUGGUGCAGACACAGGGAGGUUUACAAUGAAGCUUAUAUGA